AAAGGACAAAUCAAAUGCUAGUAUCACAUCAAUUAGGAAACCGUCUCCUAAAGACAUUAUUGGCUACAAGGAGCAGUACAUUUAUGCAAAGUAUGUAGAGAAAUUGCUAGUCAUCAAAGAUAAAACUGCGUCUCAAAAUCAAUCUCAAGCCACAAGCAUCUGGGAAGCAGUUAAGGCUCAAAAUUUGCAAGAAGUAUAUCACCUUAUUGUGACAUCGGAGGUGGAUAUCAUCAAUACCACCUAUGAUGAUGUGGUUGGUGUAGAUUUAUAUCACCAUGUCGAUGAUGCAGAAGAAUCAGAAUUUGAUGGCCAGAAAGCGAAAAGGAAAAAUUAUGAUCCUGCAGUUUGUCAAAGAAUCACCGAUGCCAAUGAUCCAGGGAUUUGUCUUCAAGGUUGUUCAUUAUUGCAUCUGGCAUGUCAUUUUGGCAAUCCUGUGAUGCUUGAACUUCUGAUACAAUUUGGUGCCAACAUAAAUUUGCGCGAUUUCCAUGGAAGAACUGCUUUGCACCAUUGUAUCUCCACAGGGAAUAAUCCAUUUGCAAAGCUCCUUCUUAGAAGAGGUGCUUGUCCAUCAAUAAAAGAUGGUGGGGGACUAAGUGCACUGGAAAGGGCAAUGGAGAUGGGAGCAAUUACUGACGAGGAACUAUUUAUUUCGCUUGCUGAAUGCUAG